CUCCUUUACAUCAGGUGGCGCUGUAAACAACGUGAUUCAUAUGAACAUCGACACGUCACAUGUCCACGUGUGAGAAACCCGGGUAUUUAGACCUCCUUGUUUCAACCACGCAUCCCUAAAUGGAGUUUUCAGAGGAGAAUGUGAGAAUCCCGUUCGAGCAGAAGGAGCUGGACGGUGUGUUGACGGUCCCUGCUGACGUCAGCGCGGGACAUUGCACAGCUGUGGUGUUGACGCACGGCGCGGGGGGAGACAUGCGCACCAAACAGCUGGAGAGCCUCGCGCACACUCUCGCCCGUUCAGGCGUUCUGUGUCUGCGGUUCACCUGCAGGGCGCCGAACUUUCUGUACAGAAUCAGAGCUUAUAGCGCCGUUGUAGAGUACUUAAAGACCCAUGAGAGAUAUGCACCAAACAGCCUUUUCUUGGGAGGACGCUCUAUGGGUGCUCGUACAGCUGUUGCUGUGUGUAAUCGUAUGUGUGACAGGCAGAAGGAUGCAGUCCAAGGUGUUCUGUGUUUGUCAUUCCCACUGAAUGUACCAGGAAAACCACAAACAUAUGUUGAGCGGAGCCAUGGCCUGCAUGCACUGUCCCAAACUUCUGUGCUGUUUGUUUCUGGCACUGCAGAUAACAUGUGUCAACAGAAUCUUCUACAAAAUGUUAUGCAUGUCAUGAAAAGCCCUUCUGCUGUUCACUGGGUCAAGGAUGCGAACCAUGGACUUGCAGUACGUGGUAGAACAGAAGAAUCAGUACUGGAGGAAGUCAAUUCACAGAUUAUUGCAUGGGUACUACAACACAAAUGAAAUGCAUCUUUAUAAAUAGAUAAAUAUGGUUAUUACUGUUUGGAUGAAAGAAGAUGGUGAGCUGUUGACCCUAACCCUCUGUAUAUAGUUACCGUAUGUUAACUGUGUUCU